GUGAUUAAUUCGAAUCGACAAUGUGAAAUAAAUUAUUAUUUUUUUUUUCAUUCAUCAUCAUUUUGAUCAUUUUCUAAAGUGGCUGUUAUCAUUUCGACAUGUCAUGCUGAUAAGUAAACAAAAUUCAAACCACAUCAUGUUGAAAGGUUCUGGCUCUUGUGCCAUUUUCGACAAUGAUGCAACAAAUCACGAUCCUAAUGGUGUUGCCAUCAUCGAUUCCACAGCUGACCAAUCUAUAGGGAACAAUAAUCAGACUUCAUCACCGCCGCCAAUUUCAUCAUCAACGAAUAAUGGACAACAACAACAGUUGCCGUUGAAAGUUGGACCAUUAGCUUCAACUAAUGAAACUCGAAUUGUGUACCAUGUUGAUGAUGAGGAGACGCCAUAUCUGGUGAAAUUGUCAAUACCACAUUCUCAGAUCAAACUUAGUGAUUUCAAAGCUGCCAUUUCGUUGCCUAGGCCUAAUUACAAAUAUUUUUUCAAAAGCUAUGACAAAGAAGUUGGUGUGGUUAAAGAGGAAAUUUUUGAUGAUAAUGCUUCAUUACCGAUAUUCAAAGAUCGCGUUGUAGCUUGGUUGGUAUCAACGGAAGGAUCAGUCGUUUCGGACAGUACCAAUUCUCAAUGUCAGACAGAAAUAUCCGCUACAGGUCGUACCGUACAUGCUAAUCAUCGCCAUCAUCACCCACAUCAACGACAACAAGAAUGUAAUGGUCUGAUUGGCGAUUCUCAUCCAUCAAAUUUUCAUCCAUUAGAAAAUGAUUCAUUAAUGAAUGCUCGAAAUGAACACAUUCAUUCUCAUCUAAGUCCUAGACGUGGUUAUAAUAACAACAAAAGUGUUCACAAUAAUAAAUACAGUGGUGGAAGAUAUGGAUCUUCUAGUGGCUACUAUCAUGGUCAUCACCACCAUCAUGAUCAUCACCAUCAUCAUGGUAACUAUAUGGAUUCAUCUGUGAUGACAUCAGAUAUGGAAUCAACUUCUUUUGUCGAUUCCGACGAUGAUGAUGAUGAUGAUGACGAUGACUUGUUGAACGAUACCACCGUUGAUGAUGAGAAUGAUUAUGAAGAUUAUACGAGUCGUGUUUCGACUACUACUGAAGAAACGAGCGUUUCUCGCCAAUAUCAACGACGUAAUCGCCAUCGCAAUCGAAGACAAAAAGGUGGCUAUCGUAAUCGGAUGAGUAGGACAUCAUCAUUGAGCUCAAUCACCGAAUCAUCAAUGUCAUUAAAUAUCAUACAAGUAAUAUUGAAUCUAGACACUGUAAAUUAUUUGGGUAUUUCUUUGGUGGGCCAGACCAGUAAAAAAGGUGAUGGCGGUAUCUACGUAAGUUCCAUAUUAAAAGGUGGUGCAGUUGCAUUAGAUGGCCGUAUCGAACCUGGUGAUAUGAUUCUACAAGUGAAUGAUAUCAAUCUGGAAAACUUAAGCAAUGACGAAGCAGUCGAAGUAAUUCGAGAAGCUGUAAAAAAACCUGGACCAAUCAAGCUUUUGGUGGCCAAAUGUUGGGAUCCACAUCCUUUAGGUCAUUUCACUAUACCUCGUUCGGAACCUGUUCGACCCAUUGAUCCAGAAGCAUGGGUAGCUCAUACAGAAGCUGCUAGGGCAAAAUUUACACAUCCAGAUAAUUUUCCAUUAAAUCUUGCUGCCUCUGGCAAUUUUAUGGGAAUGAGCCCAACACCAGCUGAUAUAGAGCGAAAUCAAAUGUUUCAGCAAUCUACACAAUCAUUUAAUCCAUUACCGAAUGUCUACCCAUUAUCAGCAAACGGCAGUGCUGUUGUCACUAGUGGUGAUAACAAUUCGGGCAUUGUUUCUGGCUGUCCACUUCGUUCAUCAUUCAAAUCUGGUCAAUCAACAAUCACGACAAUACAGCAGCAACAGGUGUCAGCUUCAUCCUGUCUGCCACUUUCAUCAUCAUCGUCGAUGGUAUCUGUUCCCAUUCCCUUGACACAUGGAUCAGACCUCAAAACAAUAGCUUGUGCAAUGGCUAGUCCAAAUUCUGGAUUGGAUGUUCGCGAUCGAAUGUGGCUUAAGAUAAGUAUUCCAAGCGCCUUUUUGGGUUCCGACGUUGUUGAUUGGUUAUACAUGAUGGUGAAUGGCCUACGUGAUCGUAAAGAUGCUAAAAAACUGGCCACCAGAUUAUUAAAAGAAGGCUACAUCUGCCAUACGAUAAAUUUUAAGAAUUCAUUGUCCGAAAAGUGUUAUUAUAUUUUUUCCGAACAAUUGAGCCAAAUCAACAAAGCAACAAUCGAUUCUCUUUCAACAGCUGACUUUCAAAGCCAGUCUGCCGAAUCUCAAUCGAUUUCGGCAUCAGCUGCUGUCGGUGUUCAUCAUCAAGUUCAUUAUCCUCAUAUUCACCAGCAACAGCAACCAUCUUUGCCCAAUAAUUUUGAAGAUAAUUUUGGUCAAGCAUUACGAUUGAAGAAUGAGUUUAAUUCAGACGCACAACAACAGCAACAACAAUUAUUAACCAGCUUUGAUGUAACCAAUAAUCGAGGUGGUCGAAAUAAAUUCCCAUUCAUGUGUAAUUGGGAUGAAAAAAGUGAGAUCUACAACUAUGGCCUACUUGACCCACAACCUAUGACUAUUGCAAACAGCGAUUCAACUAUGCAAACUAACCAUUCAGGCGGCAAUCAUUCAUCAUAUCAAGAUCAACAUCCCAGUGAUGAACAGAACAGCCAAACGAGUGGUCAAUCAAUUCUUUACAAUGGACAAGCUGUGAUGGGAAAUCCACUCAAUACUGUCAAAAGUUCCGGCAGUCAUGGUAGCAACAAUCAAACGACAACUCAUACGCUAGCCAGCAAACAUAGUAAUGGCAGUAGCAAGGAUGGAGAUGUUGUCAAUGGAAAACGUGGUCUCGGCAGCCGGAUGACCAAUUCAAACAAUAAUCUCAUCCAUCAUCAUUAUGAAGAUUUACAAAUGAAUCCUAUAACUGGAAAUCUGGUUCCAACAUCUGCACUUGUAAACAGUGCUAACCAAAGUGAUAAUAAAUCUCCUUUACAAAUGCAGCCAAAUGGUAACAAUACAACGGACAAUCUUUAUAUUCACCGACACAUAGAAGGAAAUGAAUUUGGCGCCAUCAAUAUUACUGAUUCGAAUGGUCAAACAGAUGCUGAACAAUGUAACGAUGGUUCAACUGGUCACGUAUUUCUUAGCGAUUCCGAUGCUAGCCGUUCAAAUCAUGUUGAUUAUUCUGAACCAAUCAAUUCAACCAACGGUUCAUUGAAAUUGGGUCAAUCGAUAAAAAUAAAAUGAAAUAUUUUUGACAAA